AAUAUUCUAAAAUACGAUGCAUUCGAUUUACGUACGAUCGCCCCUUCAUUGCAAUGUCUUACCAUGAAUUGUAAUUCUGAGGAACAGUUCGACGUAUACAGCCAUUUCAGUAGCCAAUUGAAACGGGCGCAAAUUGUUAGCCGUACAGAGGACGUUUUUUGUCGGUUUUGCGAACUAACAUUUCCUCGUCUGGAGCAGUUGUCUUUAACCUCACAAUUUUAUUGGUAUGAGUACGAUCCGGAAAUAGCUGUCGGUUUUAUUCAAAGACACUCCACUCUCCGAAGCCUUUGCAUUGACAUCGUUUCUAAGCCGAAAGCGUUGGUUAACGUCAUCACGAACCACAUUCUUCAGCUGACGGCUUUAUCAAUUGCCCUCAAUCCGUACUGUCGAAUGAACUGGGAAAAGGGAUCGUUCGAGUCCCUGGCAAAACUAACGAAACUCAAGCAUCUGAAAUGUAGAGGAGACAUUGGGACAAACAUUUUUUACAAAUGUAAAGCGAUCACAUCACUCAAAUCAGUCUACGUGAAGUUGUUAUGUACACACGAUCAACUUGAUUUGCUACGCGACGUCCACAAAGUUGCUCCACAAUUGAAGAGCCUGGGAAUUGGUGGCACCGAAACGAAUGAAAGCGCUGUAAAGUUCAUAUGCAAACAUUUCUCAAAUCUCUCUUGUCUGAAAAUAAGAUGGUCAAAAGUGGAAACAGGCGAAGGUCUUGCUCGAAUUGCUAAUUUACCACGUCUGCGAGAAUUGGGAUUAUGGACGUAUGAUGAAUGCAGGGACUAUCGACACAUUCCUCGUAACCAUGUUCGCUUCUUAACACUUUGCUGCAAUUGGAAAGAUAGCGACGGUGAUCUUCUUCAACUGCCCAAAAUUUUCCCUGGGCUCGAGAAAUUAGAUUUAUAUCCCUUAGUCACUGUGCGUAGCUCUACCGUCGAAAGGAUUCACAAAAUGAUUCCCGAAUGCAGAAUCAACGUACAUAGAGGCAGUGCAUGUCUUCAACCAUUUAAUGAUGCGAUAAAUGUUGAAUGAAAUAUAUGCGUUUGUAUGAGUUGAAUGGAUCGAAGGUUAGCUUGGAGCAAAUCUUUGUUACACGAAAAUUGUAGCACGCUCCGAAAAGGCUGAAUCCAAGCAUCGAUGGCACACUAGUGGUCAAAUAUAUCCAACAGCAUUAAGACACACAUCCACCAUUUAAGCUACUUUACCUGAAUCACUCACUUCGUUUGGUAGGUCGUUAAACGUCGGAUGCUCCAUGAUUCUCGCAGAAAUUAUCGAUAGCGUCGCGCUUGUAACGUUCGCACCGUGCUAAAACUUCUCGGUUGCUAAUUUAAAUCGCUCGCUUCGUCACAGUAAUCGUUGGCCCUUGACGAUAGGAUUACACGUUGUUUGUAAC